CUUUAAGCUUGUACGAAACAAAACCCCGAGGACCUUUAAGCUUGUUCGAAUCUCCCAGAAGCAUAUUCAAGGUGGUUCGCCAUCAUAAACGUGUAAGUGCCAGACUCUCCGUUUCAACUCUAUAAAGGGAUUUCUUGCGGGCGGGCAGAGAGAUUCGCAAAGCAAUGGGGUUCUGUGCGAUCGUCGUCGCGCUAGUUUGCAGCAACUUGUUCAUCAUCGCGGGAGCGCAGAGAUUCGAUUUCUUCUACUUCGUUCUCCAGUGGCCAGGAGCAUACUGUGAUCGGGGUCAAGCUGCAUGCUGCUAUCCAACAACAGGCAAGCCGGCCGAAGAUUUUUCGAUACACGGCCUGUGGCCUAACAAGGAUGAUGGAACUUGGCCCCAAUUCUGCGACCCCUCCAAUCCCUUUGAGCUGUCCCAGAUCUCGGAUCUUCGUAGAGCUAUGAACCGGGAAUGGGGAUCACUUGACUGUCCCAGCAGCAACUCCGUCGAGUUUUGGGAGCACGAGUGGGAGAAGCACGGCACCUGCGCCUUCAGGGACGAGCACCAAUACUUUGAGAGAUCGCUAGCGCUGCGGGAGCAAGUGGAUCCCCUCGGCUACCUGGCCAGCGCUGGAAUCCGCCCAAACAAUCGCCUCUACAGCCUCCAAAGCAUCCAGCUUGCGCUGGAAGACGGGCUGGGCCACACUAUCGGGAUCGAAUGCAACCGGGAUUCGUCGCGGACAGCGCAGCUCUACCAGCUCUACUUUUGCGUCGCCUCCGACGCGUCUACCAUCAUCGACUGCCCCGUCUUUCCCAACAGCAAGUGCACCACGCAGGUGGAAUUCCCAUCGUUUGGCCGAGGUAUCAAACGUGAUCACGAUCAUGAGAUCGCCACCUUGUGACCAGCACCCGAUGAAAGUGGAAAUAAAAAGAAGCGAGAGGGGACCGUUUCUUGUCCCGCUCACGCAAAGGGGAUGAAUGAACGUAGCGAAUCAAUUCGGGGAGCA